CUCUCUCUCUCUCUCUCUCUCUCUCUCUCUCUCUCUCUCUCUCUCUCUCUCUCUCUCUUGCUGUGUGCAUGUGUAUGAAAAUGUCUUUGUCCAUCACAGCUUGCUUACCAGACCAGCGCAGACGCCCUCCAAGUGUAACUUCCUCCAUAAAGUUAGAAACAAACAGCAGCGGGUAAAUGAAGUACACAUUUCAGUCAGAUGAGUGCAUGGUCAUCACUAUACCUCUGGGCAGUCUCAGAGAUGCUCAGGAGGGCCAGCUGAUGCCUGAGAAGUUCCACUGUGUCUUCAAAGAUGUCUACAAGGUCUUCCUCAAGGGUCAGCCUAAAGCUCUGGGGGCGGCUCAGCUCAUUGCUGGAGUCCUUGUCUUGAUUCUGGGGCUACUGCUUGUCCAGCACAGCGCAAUAGUUCUGAUCUACACCAUGCCCAGUGUCCUGUGUGUUGCUGCCGGAAUGCUGACCUAUGCUGCAGGUCAUUCUCCAGAUAUGUGUGUGGCCAAACUGUCAUUUACCUUGAACAUCGUCAGCUGUUUCUGGACAGUAGCUGCUGUUGUUCUCUGCACUGUCGACGUCUCUCAUGGUUUCUACGGGGACCAUCAACAGGUAUUUUCUGGAAUCAAAUGGAUGAUUGUAGUUCUCCUGGUCAUUGAACUGGUUGUUGCCAUGGUGGUGAUCUACUGGGAGAGUAAAGCAGUGUGCAGACAGCACUUCAACAUUCUGCCCAUGGUCACCCUGAAGCAGGACGUAUGAACAAACAACAAACAAUUAAGUGAAAUCAUUACUAAACUUGUAUGACAUUUGUUUUACUUGUGCCAAUUUAUAGUGGAUACAGAUAGUCUUCACUUUGUGUUUGUUAUUAUGACGUAGUAUUGAUUACCUAUAAUGUAGUAGUGAUUAUCUAUGAUGUAGUAGUCGUUACCUAUGAUGUAGUAGUGAUUACCUACGGUGUGGUAGUGAUUACCUGUAAUGUAGUAUUGAUGACUUAUUAUGUAUUAGUGAUUACCUAUGAUGUAAUAGUGAUUACCUAUGAUGUAAUAGUGAUUAAUAGUGUAAUAGGGGCGGCAGGUAGCCUAGUGGUUAGAGUGUUGGGGCAGUAACCGAAAGCUUGCUGGAUCGAAUCCCCGAGCUGACAAGGUAAAAAUCUGUCAUUCUGCCCCUGAACAAGGCAGUUAACCCCCUGUUAACCGGUAGGCUGUCAUUGGAAAUAAGAAUUUGUUCUUAACUGACUUGCCUAGUUAAAUAAAGGUUAAUAAAAAUACAAAAUUAAAGGUUAAUAAUAGUAAAAAUUACAUUUUAAAAUGUAGGCUAUAUUUUCAUUUGACUUGUAUCUGACUAAAAUGAAUAUAAACAUG